UUUAAAAUACGUCUUAAAUUUAAUCUCGGAACUUUGUGAAGUUUUAGGGGGGUGUGAGGGGGGAGGACACAACACACCCCUCAAAUCCCCACUGUGACCAUCAUCAUGCUCUUUUGUGAUUCCCCAGUGACUUUACCUCCCUCUCCAAGCUGUCCCCGUGGUCCUGUUGGAUGUGACCUCCCCACCCCCCAAAUCCCGGGAUCGUUCAUCAAAAACGAAGGUACCGGGGGAUUUUCCUGCAGGAGGAAAAAAAGGGGUGGCUCCAUGUCCCAGCUCCAGAGCUCCUGGGAAAUGCACCAGCAGAACGGGGCAUAUCUUCCAGAUCCAGACAUGGAGACCGUGGCCGCCAGCACAUCCCUGCCCGACCCGGCCACCGACUUCGACAGGAACGUGCCCCGCAUCUGCGGCGUCUGCGGGGACCGAGCCACCGGCUUCCACUUCAACGCCAUGACCUGCGAGGGCUGCAAGGGCUUCUUCAGGAGAAGCAUGAAGAGGAAAGCCAUGUUCACCUGCCCCUUCAAUGGUGACUGCAAGAUCACCAAGGACAACCGGCGGCACUGCCAGGCCUGUCGGCUGAAGCGCUGCGUGGACAUCGGCAUGAUGAAGGAGUUCAUCCUGACAGACGAGGAGGUCCAGAGGAAGCGGGAGAUGAUCCUGAAGCGCAAGGAGGAGGAAGCCCUCAAGGAGAGCCUGAAGCCCAAACUCUCAGAGGAGCAGCAGAAAGUCAUCGACGUCCUCCUGGAGGCUCAUCACAAAACCUACGACCCCACCUAUGCCGAUUUCACCAAGUUUCGGCCCCCCGUGAGGAGCAGCGCCGGCAGCAGGGAGGCAGCAAGGUCCUCCUCCAUCCUCACCCAGGACCUGUCCUCAGAGGACUCCAGCGACCUCUUCGGCCCCGACGCCUUCAGCACAUUUCCAGAGUCCGUGGAGCCCCAGAUGUUUUCCAACCUGGUCCUCUCCGAGGAAAACGAGGAGAGCUCCUCCAUGAACAUCGACUUCUCCCACCUCUCCAUGCUCCCGCACUUGGCCGACCUGGUCAGCUACAGCAUCCAGAAGGUGAUCGGCUUUGCCAAAAUGAUCCCAGGGUUCAGGGACCUGACAGCAGAGGACCAGAUCGCCCUGCUGAAAUCCAGUGCCAUCGAGGUGAUCAUGCUGCGCUCCAACCAGUCCUUCACGCUGGAGGACAUGACCUGGACCUGCGGCAGCAACGACUUCAAGUACAGGGUCAGCGAUGUCACCCAAGCUGGCCACAGCAUGGACCUGCUCGAGCCGCUGGUUAAAUUCCAGGUUGGCUUGAAAAAGCUGAACCUUCACGAAGAAGAGCACGUGCUCCUCAUGGCCAUCUGCAUCCUGUCCCCAGAUCGCCCCGGCGUGCAGGACACCUCGUUGGUGGAAUCCCUCCAGGAUCGCCUCUCGGAGAUCCUCCAGACCUACAUCCGUUGCCGUCACCCUCCUCCCGGCAGCCGCCUCCUCUACGCCAAGAUGAUCCAGAAGUUGGCCGACCUGAGGAGCCUCAACGAGGAGCACUCCAAGCAGUACCGUUGCCUCUCCUUCCAGCCCGAGCACAGCAUGCAGCUCACCCCCUUGGUCCUCGAGGUCUUCGGCAACGAGAUCUCCUGACUCCCAAGCAACCCCACCAGUCCCCGGGGGGCUCAGCCACCAGUUCCACCAGUAAAAGGGAGAAAACCAACCCCCAGCUAGUUUUAUCUCUCCGAGGGAGAACUACCAACCCCACAGCAGCAGGAGUUUUGGACCUAAACCUUCUGGUUUCACACUACUUUGGGCUUCUCAGCCCCAGCGGCCGAGGUCGGACAGACCCAAAUCCCUGCGGUUUCCCCCCAAAAUAUCCCCACCCUCCACCAGCGCUGACUCAGCCCCUUUUUUUUUUUUUUCUGGAUGUUUUUUGGGGCCUGGCUGCCUCGAAUCCUGACUUUCUUCACACACGCCCCCCCCCAAAAAAUGGGGCUGCAUGGAAGGAGAAGGUGUUUUGGUGGGGCGGUGGGAGAUGCGGGGGACACACACACACGGACUCGGGGUGUUCCUGAGCCCUCGGAUUUCUGCUUCUCUCAGAAAAACUCCAAAAAUGGGUCUUUUUCCCCCCCGAAGAUGCCAAUUUGGAUGGAACCCCCCCCCGAAUCUCUGCGGGGAAACACCAUGGGACAUGUCCCCAGCUCAGACCAGUCCUGUGUCCGUCUGUCCCAUCCCCACCGAGAGGGGGGGAAAUUCUGGAAUUUAGGGAUGGGGGGGGGAUUUUCCUUCCUGCCAGACUUUUGGGAAGCGGGGGGGGCUCCCGGGCAGGACCCCCACAGCCCCUGACGGCGUCCCGGUGACCCAGUGUGGGGUUGUCACCUUGUUGUGUCACCAGGUGC